AUGGGUACGUCGAAGAUUAAGGCUAGGCGAUGGACCAGUUACGCUGAAGCUGCCAAUUCUUAUACAGGUCUACAGCGAACCAGCAUUUCGGAACUGAUCAACAUUGAUCAAGACUACUUUACCAGGCUGGCGCGGCGUGAGGAGAUACUAAGAGAUGCGCCGGAACUCACAGCGCGGUCUACUCCCGCCGGAGCUGAUGCCGUCUACGAGCUUUACCAGUUCCUUGUAAGAGUUUAUCUUCCACGUCGAUACCCAACACUUUUCCAGAUCAUGCCACGAGUUCUGCAAAACAUGGUUUCCGGCCAGCAGUACCCGUUAGACUCAGCCUCAAGCGCAACGUUGGCCUUGAAAAGUAUAGCAACUCUCGUAGAUGAGGACUUUAUCAUAUUGUUGCCCUCUAGCUCCAGCGCCGAGUACGAGGUCCAUGCUUACUUGAUCUGUUUUGCAAGUGGCUUUAAUUUGCCGAACUUACUCAAUUCUAAUAUCAGCGAACUUCACAAGCCUCUUCCCGGAUAUGCUGAAAAGCUGCAGCGCAGCAUGAACAGAUGGUUCCAGCGACUUGAGGUGGGAACAGUCGUGCGACGAUCCAACGCCCACCUUCGUGCCGAACUCCAACAUCUCCAUCGCCUGCCGAAGACCAAAGCUAUUGUCCUCACCUUUAAGACCUAUAUGUACCCACUUUCAGUGUUGAAACAAGAAGGCGAGGGAGAGAAUCUUGCACAGGCUAUAGAAGGGCUAAGUAAAGGAAAUGUGCCGGAGAUGAGCGAGUACAAGGGAUCGCAUCUCUGGGGCCGUGCGGUUUGCAACUACCUAAGGUCAUAG